CCAAUUGUUGACUGGUUGAUAGCCAUCACGCCACAUCUGAUAGUGAUGAAGAGGAAUUUGAAUAUAGGAACAACAAUCAACAGCAGGGAUAGCCAUAUUCUGCCUGAAUCAGGGUGUACCUCGGAGUUCAAAUUUGCAAACAAUUCUUAACUGCAGGGCAGCCAGACUCAGUCAGAUAUCGGGUGAAAAGGACUAUAGGAACUACAAACUGCAAGAUAGCCGAACCUCUCCGGAUUAGAGAACUAGGAAAAAUCCUCCCAAAAGAGUGAGUUCACAAACACCUGAGCAAAAAUUAUGGAAAUGGAUCGUUAUAUCUUCCUUGGAUUGUUUACGAUCACAAACGUUAUUUUGAUUGCAUCUGCAGAUUGUCCCACUGCUCUUUGCAAGUGUAUAGAAGGUGCAUACAUAUGUGAUGUCAAGAACGAUGGGAUCACGGUCGCAGAUCUCACUACAAUAAUCGCCAAUGCAAACACAGAUGGCGCUACUGAGCUCAAAAUUACAAAAUACCUCGGAACAACUUUGACGUCUGAGAUGUUCAAGAGCACUCCAAAGCUCACGAAACUGACAGUUAAAGACUCUCCGGCUGUCACAACAAUAGAUGCUGAUGCAUUCAAGGGAUUGCUAGCUCUAACAGAAUUACACAUCAUGGGAACAUCUGUGACAACCCUCCCUGAAACUGUGUUUACGCCGCUCGCCACAUCUUUAACUGACCUUAUGCUUAUGGAGAAUGCUAAGCUGGCAUCUAUCCAAGUUAAUAUCUUCAAGGGACUUACGAAACUGAAAACAUUGGAUCUGACUCAGAAUCCCAUGACAUCAUUAGACGCAUUGAUUUUCACGGGACUAAUAGCAGUCGUUGACCUGACUAUCUCCAAAACGUCUAUCACAACUCUACCAGAAACAAUAUUUGCACCUCUCAGAGCCACUCUUGGUCAACUGCUGAUGGCAGACAAUAGCAAACUUGCAACACUCCCCGAUAACAUCUUCAAGGGCCUCACUCAACUGACAGUUUUGGAUCUACAGAUGAAUGCAUUAAAAUCAUUCAGUCCUAGUUUGUUCAACGAUGUAAGAACGGCCUCCAUAGACACCAGUGGUAACCCGGUCGACUGCUCAUGUGGUAACAUCCUAGGCCUCAUCGACUUUGUGGCAUCAAACAACAAGCUGACUGUCAUGUGUACAACCCCAGCCAACAUGAAGGACAAAGAACUGAAAUCGGUAACGAAGGCGGAUGUAUGUCCAUGCCCUACUGCACUGUGCACGUGUGAGUCAACACAGUACACUUGCAACAAAAAAGUGGCCGGAAUAACUGAGGAGGAGCUGACGACCGCAAUACUGCCAAACUUGUUAAACACUGUGACCACGAUGACAAUUACAACAUAUCUAGGAACAACUCUGAAGGCUGGGGUAUUCAAUGCUUCAACGACAAAAAUUAAAUUUCUUGCCAUUGAAAAUUCACCUGCUUUGACCGCCUUAGAUGUGAAUGCAUUUUCUGGAAUGACUGCACUUGCCAGUCUGUCAAUCUCCGGAACUUCGGUGACGACUUUGCCUGAUCUUGUAUUUGACAUCGUCAAACCAACUCUGGAGGAUCUGGUAGUUAAAGGAAAUAAGGAACUUGCAACACUUCCUAACACAGUGUUCAUGGGACUCACAAAAUUGACAACUUUGGAUUUAUCCAACAAUGCGAUCAACUCAUUCUCAGCUAGUUUGUUCGAUUCCAUUAAAACGGCCAAGAUAUCAGUCGCAGGUAAUCCUGUUGACUGCUCCUGUAACGAUGACACCGCUGGCCUCAUCCCAUGGAUAAAAGCCAACCCAAAUGCCAUCACCACAGCCCUGGCUUGUGACAGCCCAGCACUGCUAAAAGACAAAGACUUGAAAGAGCAGACAAUUGAGGCUAUCUGUCCGUGCCCGUCGACACUCUGCACUUGCACCGGCGCCAACUUCACGUGUGACAAAGUGGCAGAUGGGAUUACAGAGGAGGAUCUUACGUCGAAAAUACUACCACAGUUGAUGAAUUUUGGUGGCAAACUGAAAAUUACAACAUUCCUCGGUGAAUCUUUCAAAGAAGAUGUAUUCAAGUCAGCUCCAAAGAUCACGAGACUGUCAAUUGAUGACAGUGCUGCACUUACGACAAUUGAUGAGAAUGCUUUCAAGGGAUUGACCGCCCUGGUAGUCAUACGCAUCACUGGAACCUCCAUCAAAUCUUUACCAGAACUCAUCUUUUCACCAAUAAAAGGUACCCUGAUGGAGCUGUACAUCCAGAAGAACAAGAAACUCACAAACCUUCCAGAGAAAGCAUUCACAGGACUUGCCAAACUGACGAAACUUGAUUUGACCGAUAAUGCAAUUGAAUCCUUCACUGCUAGAAUGUUCGAUGACGUAAAACAAGCGACGAUCAACACUGCCGGAAAUCCGGUAGAUUGUUCCUGCAACGAUAACAUCACAGGCCUCAUCAAAUGGAUGACGGAUAACCCCGACCACAAACUUGCUAUCAACUGUACUAUGCCUGAUGCCAUGAAAGGCAAAGACUUGAAAUCUCUUACCAAAGUUGAUAUAUGUGCAUCCGAUCCCAAUCCCACUCCCCAUUCACCAGCAGGUGGUGUUGGCAUCCCCAACUGGGCCCUUGGGAUUCUCAUAGCAGCCAUUAUAGCCAUUGUGAUCAUCGUGGUUGCAUCAAUCCUCAUGACAGUCAGGAGACAGCAUUAUGAAAAAUUGACGAGUAGCAAUGAGGGUGCGGGUGAGAUGCCCCUAGGUGCACAGUAGUAUCGAGGGUACGGGUCGAAUAUACCUAGAUGCACAGUAGUAUCAAGGGAACGGGUGGGAUGCCCCUAGGUGCACAGUAGUAUUUAGUGUAUGGGUGGGGUCCCCCUAGGUGCACAGUAGAUUUUGGGGUACAGGCGGAAUGCCCCUAGGUGCACAGUAGUCUUCAGGGUACAGGCGGGAUGCCCCUAGGUGCAAAGUAGUAUCUAGUGUAUGGGUGCGAUGCCUCUGGGUGCACAGUAGUAGUUAGUGUAUGGGUGGGGUGCCCCUAGGUGCACAGUAGUCUUUAGGGUACAGGCAGAAUGCCCCUAGGUGCACAGUAGUCUUCAGGGAACAGGCGGGAUGCCCCCAGGUGCACAGUGGUAUUGAGGGUACGGUUGGUGUGCCCUGAGGUGCAGAGUAGUAUUGUGGGUACUGGCAGGAUAUCCCUAGGUGCACAGUAGUCUUUAGGGUACAGGCGAGAUGCCCCUGGGUGUAAAGUAGUAAUGAGGGGUAUGAUGGGGAUGUCUCCAGGUGCGCAGUGAAAUAACAUUGUCUGCUCAGCAACAAACCACUAAAGAACACUCUAGUCAUGCCAAAAACUUUGCUCAUAUGAUUAUCACCCAAAGGAGAAUAGAACUUGACAAUAGAGAACUUUUCUUGAUUCAAGAACUUUGGAUGCACCUUUCUUGAAUCAAGAACUCGGGAUGUUCCUUUGUUGAUUCAAGGACUUACAAUGUAGGAUGCACUUUUCUUGAAUAAAGGACUGAGGAUGUUCCUUUCUUGAAUCAAGGACUUAGGAUGCACCUUUCUUGAAUCAACGACUUAGGAUGUUCCUUUGUUGAUUCAAGGACUUACAAUGUAGGAUGCACCUUUUUUGAAUAAAAAACUACGGAUGUUCCUUUCUUGAAUCAAGGACUUAGGAUGCACCUUUCUUGAUUCACAGACAUAGGAUACAACAAAUAUGUGGUUGAUUUGACAGAGACAUAUUUUGAUUGAUAGACUUGGAAUUUUACAACAUAAACAUUUUUCGUGCUUUGGGGACUUAGAGGAUAAUAUCAUUUAAGGGAUAAGACGGUUAUGCAUACAUAGAACAUCAGAGGAUACUCAUCAAUCUUAAAGGACUUAUUUAGCUGGUACAAUACAUUGUGGUAAGGAAUUAUCAGAUAUAUCAUGCACAGACUUAGAAGAUAUACAUUACGUCAUGGUUAAGGACUUAGAUUGAAUACAUUAUGAAAAGACUUAGAAACCCCUGGUAUGCUUCAUGAAUUGAUUUAGAAGACAUUGAUCAUGAAAGGAAUAAUGACUGAAAAGACUUAGAGAAUGGGUCCAAGGACUUACAGGACAUACACCAGGCAACACGAUCCAAGAUCUAAGCAUGUUUACUGUUAUAAGCCAAUAAAAAAUGUUUAUUAUAU